AUGGAUGAGUACUAUAGCCAGGAUUGGGAGGAGGAGGAACGUCCUCUAUCACGUAGCCGGUCUGCGCGCUGGUCGCGUACUCCACGCACUCCGAGGGCGCUCUCUCCAAGGAAAGUUAUCGAUGAGGAUCGUUUCUUUCGUAACGAAAUCAACCGCCGCUCAUAUAGACCUGUAAGUGCCCGUGAACCUCCAAGAUCUGCUUGCUCCAGACGCUCGUCCAUAUCGCAACGCCCUGCCUUUACAAUAUAUUGA